UUCGCAGCGUGACAAGCUACAUCGUCCAUAUUCUCAUCCUUUUCUCAACUCUCAUUCAGGCACGGUUCCUGAGGAUAUUAUUCAUUUAAUUAACCUACUUUUUUCAAUCUGCAAACCUCUCUUUCGACUGCGCGCGUUUCAUUUCCGGUGUUCAGGUCUACGCUUGUUCAUAAUCUCCCAAGAUGCCUUCAGACCUCUGCCCCGUUUAUGCGCCAUUCUUUGGUGCCCUAGGAUGCUCUUCUGCCAUCAUCUUCACAUGUUUCGGUGCUGCCUAUGGGACGGCUAAGGCCGGUGUCGGUGUCUGCUCGACAGCCGUCCUGCGACCGGACCUGAUUGUGAAGAACAUCGUUCCUAUUGUCAUGGCUGGUAUUAUCGGUAUCUACGGGUUGGUUGUGUCAGUCUUGAUAGCAAACGACUUGGGCCAGAACAAGUCGCUGUAUACUGGCUUCAUUCAACUUGGUGCAGGCCUUUCUGUUGGUCUUGCCGGUUUGGCUGCAGGAUUCGCCAUUGGCAUCGUCGGUGAUGCUGGUGUUCGUGGAACAGCCCAACAGCCUCGCCUCUUCGUCGGAAUGAUCCUGAUUCUCAUUUUCGCAGAAGUCUUGGGUCUUUACGGGCUUAUUGUUGCCCUCCUUAUGAACUCGCGCGCCUCGGGCGCUGAGUGCUAAGCAUUGGACGGCACGAUAUGAACAUUGUUCACCAACACUUUCGCGUACAUCAGAUGUCGAUCAAAGUUGGUGACAAUGUGUUGACUAAACGUAUAGUGAGUGUGAAUAGUGAUGAAUUUAUUAUCAUGUUAUGAGCAUCCCUUUAAAUGAGCUAGGGUGGACGGCCUAAUAAUCCCUCUAUUAUACCAAGCCUGUUUCGUUCUGUUUGUGGUGGGAAGAAACAUGUAUCCAAACUCUCAUUCUUGGGCUUACCUGAGCUUUGUUAUUCUACCUCUCUGGGAUUGCACCUUACUUCAUCUUAAAUUUUUCCUCUCUUUUUGCCGGUUUUUAUUAUACGCAUGCCGCCUUCGUGUAGCCUCCUGCCCUUUGUUACUAUGCCGUAAUUGUUUUUUUGGUACCUGUGCUAGACGUGGAUUUUGAAUACUGUGGGCUUGAUCAUCUUAAACCUCGUGUGCAUGUAUAUGUAUGUGUGCCUCGUAUGUACUGCAAUCAACGCAUUUUAUGGCUUGG